AUGGCUUCCAGUUCCGGCACCACCAUCUCCGCCGUCCCGGACGACAUCAUCCGAACUCACAUCCUCACACGCCUGCACGGUCCUGCUCUCGCCUCCGUCGCCACCACAUCUUCCCAGUUCUACGCCCUCUCUACCGACGAACACCUAUGGGCCAGUGUUUGCCAAUCCACGUGGCCUUCCACAAGGUCUCCCCUCAUUACCAGCAUCAUCUCAACCUUCCCCCACGCUUCCCGCUCUUUCUUUUCCGACUCUUCCACCACCACGUCUCACUGCACUCCUCUAAAUGUGAACGCUAAUCCAGACCGCACGCCCCAGCUGAUCUCCGCCGUCGAUCUUUACUACGGCCAACAAAUUGUUUUCUCCAGGGUUCUAGAAACCGAGACGGUGUCCGGUUGGUUCAGGUGCUCGCCAUUCCGGCUGGACCUGCUGGACCCCAAGGACGUGGUUCAGACUUCCGUCCAAUACCCAGAAGGCGAGAACUCGUGCGGGGAGCUGAGGCUGAGCUGGAUAGUGAUCGACCGAGAGGGACGGCGCGCCGUGAACGUUUCGAGCCAGAAGCCGGUAUCGGUGAAGCGGCACUGGCUGAGCGGUGAGUUUCAGGUUCGGUUCGCGUCGGUUCUCGUGGGAGAUAAAGGAUCGGCGUCGGAGCUGGCCCUGUGCCAGCUGGUGGUGACGUGCGGGGGUGCUGAGGGAGGGGAGAUGCAGGUGAGGGAGGUGAGCAUGGAGAUGGAGGACAUGGAGGGAAGGCACUUGAACGGGAGGGAGAGUUUGGGGAUUAUACAGAGGGCAAUGGAGGGUAAAAGGGGAAAGAAGAAUGUCGGGGUGGAGGCGGAGGAAGAAGCGAGGAAGCGAUACAAGGAGUUCGUGGGGAAGAAGAAGGAGAGAAUAGAGAAAAAGGUGAGGGCAGAGGGGAGAUUGGACAUGUUGUGCGUGGGUCUGGUGGCUGUGUCGUUUGCCGCCUUCUUUUCCAUGUUUGUAUUGUGGUGA